AUGGCAGACGAUGAGGACGCACAACAUACGUCCAAUGGCAGGGACACCGCCGCUCAGCGCCUCCAUCAAGUCUCCUCCCAUAUCUCGGGAGAACAGGCUCUGAAAGCGGAAAGGGCAAACAACAAUAAAAAAAGCACUCAGCUGCCAGCUGAUCAUUCGGACGUGCUAUCGCAGAUUGCGACUCUUCGCCAGAUCGCAGCAACUCCGAAUUUGAAGCACCGCGGAUACGUGCGUCAAAAGCAAGCUGGCAAGCUCUGGGUUCGCGAGCGGAUUGAUGCUCUUCUCGACCCUGACACCUUUGCCGAGAUUGGCUCGGUCUCAGGUACCGUGACAUGGAAGAAGACAGCGCCCAUGCGCGAGACGCCAGUCUCUUUCGUCCCGAGCAACAACGUUCAGGGAGCAGGAUUGGUGCGCGGACGGAAAGUCCUUCUAACCGCAGAUGAUUUUAGCAUUCGAUCUGGUCAUGCAGACGGCGCCAGCUCGGAGAAAACCGUAUAUGUGGAGAAGCUGGCAGUUGCUCUGCGUCUGCCCGUGAUCAAACUCGUAGAUGGGAGUUCUGGGGGCGGAAGUGUCACCACUAUUCGGAGCGAGGGAUGGAGCUAUCUACCCUAUGUUCGGCCAUUCAGGCCAGUCAUGCAGCAGCUGAAUAUGGGAAUUCCGAAUCUGGGAGCUGUCGUGGGGCCCGCGAUUGGACUCGGCGCGGCGAGAGUUGUCUCAUGUCACUUCUCUGUCAUGGCUGCUGAUGUGGGUGCCUUGUUCAACGCCGGUCCCAAGGUCGUCGAAGGCGCCACUUUCGAAGAGGGAUUGAGCUUCCAAGACCUUGGCGGCCCUAUGGUUCAUUGCACGAAUGGUACUAUCGAUAAUCUGGCUGCCAAUGAAGAAGAGUGUUUCGAGCAAAUUCGUCUAGUCCUCGGCUUUUUGCCAAAUAGCGGAAGUGACGCACCGCCGGUGAUCCCAUGCAACGACCCAGAAGAUCGCGAAGAUAUUGCUUUACGAAGUAUCAUUCCGAGACGACAGGCACGCAUGUACAACCCACGCACUAUCAUCACCUCCGUAGUCGACAAGGGCUCGUGGUUUGAGAUUGGCGCGCUCUGGGGGCGUACAGCCAUAGGUGGCUUGGCUCGUCUUGGGGGUCAUCCCGUCGGAAUAAUCUCACUGAAUUGCGAGGUCAACGGCGGUGCUCUUGAUGCGGCCGGAAGUCAAAAGCUUACACGUCUUUUGAAACUAUGUGACGUGAUGAAUUUGCCCAUCAUCCAGUUUCUGGAUGUCCCUGGGUACGCCAUCGGUACAGUUGCAGAGAAGACUGCCACUAUGCGCUGGGGUGUCGAGUUAGCCAAGACGUAUUACACCACCACUACUCCUAUUUUCAACGUCAUCACUCGUCGCGCUUACGGUGUGGCCGGCGGUGUCAUGCUGGGAAGCCGUGACCCCGUCAUGCAAGUGGCAUGGCCCUCUGGACAGUGGGGAUCUCUCCCACUUGAUGGGGGGAUAGAGGUUGCGCAUCGACAUGAGCUUCGAGAGGCAGAGAAGGUGGGCAAGAAGGAAGAGCGCUAUGCAGAACUCGAGGAAGAGUAUCUGCGGCUGAUGAAUCCCGUGCGAACGGCAAAUGCGUUUGGCGUCGAAGAAAUUAUCGAUCCGAAAGACACGAGGCGGGUUUGUUGCUCGUGGACUAGUCACGUUUAUGAGGUUUUGAUGAAGGAAAGACUGGCGGAAAGGGCAUCAGGCAAGAUUCACCCUACUUUUGCUUGA